AUGCCGCUCGAAGUUCCCGGGCUGUAUGCUCUUCUCGUCCUCGUCGAACAAGCUGAAGAGGUACGCGUCGAGCGGGCCGGGCCUCAUGGGAGUCCCUCGGCCCGAAGAGAUUCGGGCCAUGACCCCUUGGUUGAAGCGGCGGGCGUACUCAAGGUUCGCGUUGCGGUCGCCGUCGGUGGGCCAGCCGAUCUCGCCGACUAUGAUGGGGAUGUUGGCGUAACCGUUUCGGCGGAGGGCCCACACGAGGGUGCCGGAGUCGUCGACUGGGGUGGCGCCGGUGCCGUCGAAGAAGGCGUACUCGACGGGGAAAUUUGGGUCGGUGUAGAGAGAGAUGAAAGGGUAGAUGUUGACGGUGAAGGGGGAUUGGGUGUCGCUGAGGAGGCGGACGAUGGGGAGGAUGAAGUCGUGGAUGUCAGCGCGGAAGUCGCCGCCGGAAGGGGCGCCGAUUCGAUUAUGGACCGAGCACAAUUUGAGACUCUUAAUGACGAGCGAGUAGUUGAUUUUGAGAGAAAUGGAGCAAUGUAA